AUGGCAGCUCCCGGUGUUCAGUCUUUGAAGUGUGUCGUGACGGGUGAUGGUGCCGUCGGCAAGACAUGUCUUCUUAUCUCGUACACAACAAAUGCGUUCCCCGGCGAGUACAUUCCCACUGUUUUCGACAACUACUCGGCCAGCGUGAUGGUCGACGGCAAGCCCAUCAGCCUGGGCCUCUGGGAUACGGCCGGUCAGGAGGAUUACGACCGUCUGCGUCCGCUGUCGUACCCCCAGACCGACGUCUUCCUGAUUUGCUUCUCUAUUGUCAGCCCUCCGUCGUUUGACAACGUCAAGGCUAAGUGGUACCCCGAAAUCGACCAUCACGCACCGAACGUGCCUAUCAUCCUCGUCGGCACGAAGCUAGAUCUCCGCGAGGAUCCUGCGACUUUGGAGUCCCUGCGCCAGAAGCGCAUGGACCCGGUGUCGUACGACCAGGCGCUCAUGUGCGCCAAAGAGAUCCGGGCGCACAAGUACCUCGAGUGCUCGGCCCUGACCCAGCGCAACCUCAAGAGCGUCUUUGACGAGGCCAUUCGCGCUGUCCUCAACCCCAGACCGGUCCAGCAGAAGCAGAAGAAGUCCAAGUGCUCCAUUCUAUAA